CCCGACUCUAAGCUUGUACUUUGUCGUCUAGUGUCGUCGUUCGAGUCAAUCGCUCCUCAUCGAAACAUCAACAAAUAAAGGAUGGCAGACAUCUACUUCUGUGGCAGCAUCCGUGGCGGUCGGCAGGACGCUGAGCUGUACGCACGCGUCAUUAAGAUGCUGGGAGAGUAUGGACAGGUGCUGACGGAGCACGUCGGCCACAAGGAGAUCGGCGAGAAGGGUGAUGAUAUGGAUGAGAGAGAGAUACAUGAUAGAAACAUGAAGUGGUUGGAUCAAGCUGAAUUUGUUGUUGCUGAGGUGAGUCAGCCGUCGUUGGGCGUAGGCUAUGAAAUCGGACAGGCAGUGAACAUGGAAAAACGAAUACUGUGCCUUUUUCGCGAAUCGUGCGGAAGAAGUCUGUCGUGUAUGAUACGCGGUCUGCACAACGACCAGUCUGUCGUCGUCAAGGACUACAAGGAGGCUGACCUUCCCGCCAUUCUGAAGGAGUUCUUCAGCGAGGCCAACAACGGUGUCGAGGCAAGUCAACCCUGUGUAUAA